UCCGGAUUACUGAUGGGAGGAAGUUGGUGUGCAGAGCGGCUUUUGUGCUGUUUCCAUGGUGGAAGCAGCAGCUGGCAGGAAGAAAAAUCCGGUCCGGUUCCAAGCCAGGAGAAAGGAGCUGGAAAUAAAAUGCUUAGUGACACAGAUGCCAGUCCCAAUUGCAGUCACCAUUUCGUGCACAAUUAAAGAUACAUUUUUAUUUGAAUCUUAUAGACAAAGAAGAUGGCAAUGAGCACUCUGGACAACUGAGGAUAACAAGCAACAUUGAACACCAAAGCAAGUCAGUCCAAAAAUCAAAAUAUUUUCCAUUUCCUUCAGAGAGCCACACAAUAUCUUCCUCAGCAAGUGAGAGGAAAAUGAGAGAAAAUCAAGAAGAGAUUUCUAGCUGGGAAACUAGAGUUUGAAAUUCAAGCAUACAUUACAUGAAAAGUCAAAGGAGAUUAUUUUUCCAUUGGGGAAAAAAAGGGAAAUAUCUGGAAGUUACUGGGGAGGAAAAGGUCAAUUGGAAAGCCACGUAGAGCAGACAGAGUUGCAGGCCCACUCUGGGAGGAAGAAAACGGCUUGAAUCAAAGCACUGCUAAACAAGGAAUCAUCCAUACUUUUGACCUCCAAAGGAAUAUGAGUUGUGGAAAAGCUCCAUAGAUGUGCCUGUUGUGGGAAAGAUACAACUUACAAAUCACAGCUGAUUAUGCCAGAGAGGAUCCCAACUGAAGAAAAGCCAUACAAUACUCUAAAUGUGGCAAAACCACUGAUCAGAAUACCUCCAUAGUGGUUCUUGGAAGGACCCACACAGGAGAGAAGCCCUACAAGCGCUCCCAAUGCAGUAAAUGCUUUAGGAAGUAUGGCAACGUGGACUCACACCGAGGAGAAACUGUUUGAAUGUCCUGAUUGUGAGAAAUGUUUCUGUGAUUAUUCCAACCUGGUGAUACACCAGAGGAUUCACACAGAAGAGAAACCCUUUAAAUAUCCUGACUGUGGGGAUAGUUUAAGUCAAAAUUCUUUCCUCGUUUCACACCAGAGCACUCAUACAGGAGAGAAACUGUUUGAAUGUCCUGAUUGUGGAAAAAGGUUCAAUAAGAAUUCCAGGCUGGUGACACACCAGAGGACUCACACAGGAGAGAAACCCUUUAAGUGUCCUGAUUGUGGAAAAAGCUUCAGUCAGCAUUCCAGCCUGGUGAUACACCAGAGGACUCACACAGGCGAGAAACCCUUUGAGUGUCCUGAUUGUGGUAAAAGUUUCAGUAACAAUUCCACUCUGGUGAAACACCAGAGGACUCACACAGGAGAGAAACCCUUUGAAUGUUCUGACUGUGGGAAAAGUUUCCGUCAGAAUUCCAGCCUGGUUCAACAUCAGAGGAUUCAUACAGGAGUGAAACCAUUUGAAUGUGCUGACUGUGGGAAAAGUUUCAGUCAGAAUUCCACCCUGAUUCAACACCAGAGGAUUCACACAGGAGAGAAACCCUUUGAAUGUCCUGACUGUGGGAAAAGUUUCAGUCAUAAUUCCAGUCUGUUUCAACAUCAGAGCACUCACACAGGAGAGAAACCGUAUGAGUGUCCUGUUUGUGGGAAAAGUUUCAGUAAGAAUUCCAGUCUUGUGACACACCAGAGGAUUCACACAGGAGAGAAACCCUUUGAAUGUUCCAAUUGUGGUAAAAGUUUCAGUACCAGUUUCAGCCUUGUGACACACCAGAGGACUCACACAGGAGAGAAACCCUUUAAAUGUCCUGAUUGUGGUAAAAGUUUCAGCAAGAAUUCCACCCUGGUUCAACACCAGAGGAUUCACACAGGAGAGAAACCCUUUAAAUGUCCUGACUGUGGGAAAAGUUUCAGUCAGAAUUCCACACUGGUUCAACACCAGAGGAUUCACACAGGAGAGAAACCCUUUAAAUGUCCUGACUGUGGGAAAUGUUUCCGUCAGAAUUCCAACCUCAUCGGCCACCAGAGGAUUCAUGCAGGAGAGAAACUGUUUGAAUGUCCUGAUUGUGGAAAAUAUUUCAGUCAGAAUUCCACACUGGUUCAAGACCAGAAGACUUACACAGGAGAAAAACCCUUUGAAUGUCCUGACUGUGGGAAAAGUUUCCAUCAGAAUUCAAACCUCAUCGGCCACCAGAGGAUUCAUGCAGGAGAGAAACUGUUUGAAUGUCCUGAUUGUGGGAAAUGUUUCAGUAAUAAUUCCAACCUGGUGAAACACCAGAGGAUUCACACAGGAGAGAAACCCUUUGAAUGUCUUGACUGUGGAAAAAGCUUCAGUCAGAAUUCCAGCCUGGUUCAACACCAGAGGAUUCACACAGGAGAAAAACCGUUUGAAUGUCCUGAUUGUGGGAAAAGUUUCGGUCACAAUUCCACCUUGGUGAAACACCAGAGGACUCACACAGGAGCGAAACCCUUUGAAUGUCCUGACUGUGGGAAAAGUUUCAGUCAUAAUUCCAGCCUGGUUCAACAUCAGAGGACUCAUACAGGAGAGAAACCCUUUGAAUGUCCUGACUGUGGGAAAAGUUUCAGUCAGAAUUCCAGCCUGGUUCAACACCAGAGGAUUCAUACAGGAGAGAAACCGUUUGAAUGUUCUUAUUGUGGUAAAAGUUUCAGUAAGAAUUCCAACCUGGUGAAACACAAGAGGACUCACACAGGAGAGAAACCCUUUGAAUGUCCUGAGUGUGGGAAAUGUUUCAGUCAGAAUUCCACCCUGGUUCAACACCAGAGGAUUCACACAGGAGAAAAACCCUUUAAAUGUCGUGACUGUGGGAAAAGUUUCCGUCAGAAUUCCAACCUCAUCGGUCACCAGAGGAUUCACACAGGAGAGAAACCGUUUGAAUGUUCUGAUUGUGGUAAAAGUUUCAGUAACAAUUCCAGCCUGGUGAAACACCAGAUGACUCACACAGGAGAGAAACCCUUUAAAUGUCCUGAUUGUGGGAAAUGUUUCAGUCAGAAUUUCCACCUCAUGGAACACCAGGAGAUUCAUACACGAGAGAAACCUUUUGAACGUCCUGACUGUAGGAAAAGUUUUAGUCAGAAUUUCAGCCUUGUUCAACACCACAGGACUCACACAGGAGAGAAACUGUAUAAGUAUCCAGACUGUGAGAAUGAUCUCAGUACUAAGGUUAACCUUAUAAAUCAUGUACUUAUACACAAAGGGGAGAAAUCAUUUUAAUGCCCCGAGUGUGGACGGUACUUCAGGAAACUUUCUACCCUUAUUGCACACAGAAAAUCUCCUGAGGCCCCAAGCGAUUAGUGUAGAGAAGGGUUGAAUUUCAUUUCUAGUGUCCCAAUGCAAGUCCAGCUGAGAAAUUGACUAUUUAAAUUGAUUAAAUUAAAUAGAAUUUG